GUAUCUAGUGCUCAAAACAUCGCCACGCUCGGAAGCCUUAGAAUCAGCCCGUUGACUGCGAGUCCCAUUUGUGGUCUAAUUAUCUAUGUAUCUUUGUGAUCGUGCGUAUCUGUCACAGCUGUGCUGAAAUACUUUUAAAUUACAUUUACAAUUCCACGAUUUUUUUAACGUGUAGCGGCGUAAGUGCUAGAUUCCUCCGGAAUGGGAAUCUUGGAGAAAAUCGCCGAAAUUGAGCGUGAGGUUGCACGAACCCAGAAGAACAAAGCUACCGAGUAUCACUUGGGUCUUCUGAAGGCGAAAUUGGCAAAAUAUCGGACGCAGCUCAUUGAAGGAAACAAGACAAAGAGCGAAAAAGGUGAAGGCUUCGACGUGAUGAAAAGUGGCGAUGCGCGCGUUGCUCUCAUUGGAUUUCCGUCCGUUGGCAAAUCAACACUUCUGUCUACAAUCACCGAGACAAAGAGUGAAUGUGCCAGUUACGAGUUCACAACCUUGACCUGCAUCCCUGGCGUUAUAAAGUACAACGAUGCCGAAAUUCAACUGCUUGAUCUUCCUGGUAUUAUCGAAGGAGCCUCUCAGGGAAAAGGGAGAGGUCGACAGGUGAUUGCGGUGGCUCGCACAGCGGAUUUGGUUAUUAUUAUGCUCGAUGCUACCAAGGCAGAGAUACAUCGGCAACUUCUAGAGGCUGAACUCGAAGCAGUUGGCAUUCGUCUCAACAAGCAAAAACCCAACAUCUAUUUCAAGGAAAAGAAAGGCGGUGGCCUCUCGAUCAAUUCGACGUGUACGCUGACUAAAUGUGAUGAUAAGCUUGUGCAGACCAUUUUGCAUGAGUACAAAAUCUUCAAUGCUGAGGUCCUUUUUCGCGAAGAUGCAACAGCCGACGACUUGAUUGACGUGAUCCAAGGAAACCGUGUCUAUCUUCCUUGCCUCUACGUGUACAACAAAAUUGAUCAGGUAUCGCUUGAAGAGGUCGAUCGGUUAGCGCGGCAACCUGAUUCGGUGGUAGUGAGUUGUCACUGGAAGCUCAAUUUGGACUAUUUAAAGGAGCGCAUCUGGGAAAAGUUGGCGCUGAUUAGUAUUUACACAAAAAAACGCGGCACACCCCCGGAUUUGAAUGAUGGCAUUAUUUUACGUCGAAACGCAUCUAUCGAACAUGUAUGUCACUCUGUGCACAGGAACUUUGUCAACGAAUUUAAAUACGCACUAGUCUGGGGUACAAGUACGAAGUAUUCACCGCAACGAGUGGGACUGAACCAUAUUGUACAUAAUGAAGAUGUGGUUCAACUAGUCAAGAAAUAAAAUGCUGUCUACAGUUGCAAGUAUUCUCGAAUAAUAAACUCAAUGUGUUAUCCAUAGCUACUAAGGUAAAACAUCGAAGGAAAGAGUCUAUUAGAACACAUGCUCAUACGCUUGCGACAAUACACAGCUGAACUAUGUUACAUAUAUAAAUAAUAAGCAGAAUGUUCUAGCAAUUUACUCCGAGUCGUAAAUAAAAAAAAACAGGUUAAAGACCUAACUUUAUUUAUU